AUGGCUGACGAAGAAAUUCCCAACUUGAUCCAUAAUGAUAUUAAACGUACAGAUUUUCCUGAUAACUUCAUGUUUGGAGUAGGAACAUCUGCUUAUCAGAUUGAAGGUAGUUGGAAUGUAGAUGGUAAAGGCUUAAGUAACUGGGAUACUUUUACCCUAAGACACCCAGACAAGAUUCGUGGAGGUGGCAACGGAUGUGUCGCUGUUGAUAAUUACAGAAGAUGGAAGGAAGACGUUCAGCUGCUGAAGCAAAUGGGUGUAAACUAUUACAGGUUCUCAAUUCCAUGGUCCAGAAUAUUACCAGGUGGGAAAUUAUGCAUGGGCAAAAGCCUAGAAGGCAUCAAUCACUACAACAAGUUAAUAGACGAGUUGAUAGACAAUGAGAUUAAGCCAUUUGUUACUCUUUUCCACUGGGAUCUUCCAAUUGCUUUGGAAGAAGAGUACAUGGGUUUCUUAAGUUCAAAAGUUGUCGAUGAUUUUGUCGAUUUUGCUGAUAUUUGCUUCUGGGAAUUUGGGGAUCGAGUAAAAGAUUGGGCUACACUAAACGAGCCAUAUAGAUUCACUAUCUGUGGAUACGUCGAAGGUAUCUACCCACCUGGUCGGGGUGGAAAGGGUGAAGAGGGUGACCCUGAAACAGAACCAUAUACUGUUGCAUACAACCUACUUAAUUGUCAUGCAGCUGCUUAUAGAAAAUACGAAAAAGAUUAUAAGGCUCAUCAAAAAGGCAAAGUGGGAAUUACAUUUGACACCAACUUUUUCAAACCAUAUCGAGGCUCAAGUAAUAAAGAUGAUGUCAAAGCUGUCCAAUAUGCAUAUGAUUUUAUGUUCGGAUGGUUUUUAGAACCAUUAACAAAAGGUACUUGGCCAGAAAGCAUGCAAAAAUUUACUACGUCUCCGACUAAAAAAUACCCAAAUGGUCGACGUUUGCCUAAAUUUUCUGAUGAUCAACUUGCGAAGUUGAUUGGGUCAUAUGAUUUCCUUGGAAUAAACUACUACACUGCAAAUUUUUCUCAAUUUCAAGCUCCUGCUCCUGAUGUUCGUAUUGGGUAUCUUACAGAUCGUCAUUACACGCCAUCAGGUAAUGAAAAACUUGCAAGCUUUAAUCUAAUUGGCACUUCGAAAAAUGGAAAGGACCCCAGGAAGAACCCGAUAGGACCUGUGGCUUUCGAAGGCUCCUGGGUUUAUCUUUGUCCUGAAGAGCUUACUGAGCUCUUGUUGCUUGUGAAGAACAAAUACCAUGUUACAAAAGAUAUUAUAAUUACGGAGAAUGGAUCCCAAGAUCAGAACUUACCUGAUAAAACAUUUGUACAAGUUCGAGAUGACACAUUUCGAAUUAAUUACAUUAAAAAACAUCUUGAAGCUAUCAAAAAGGCCAGGAGUCUAGGAGUGAAUGUCAUGGGGCACUUCGUUUGGUCAUUCAUGGAUAGCUUUGAAUGGGUUUUUGGCUAUAAUUCUCGAUUUGGUAUGUUUUAUGUUGAUUACACAAACAAUCUUCUAAGGUACCCAAAAAAUUCAGCAAUUUGGUAUAGAAAAUUUCUGUCUGCAAAGAGUAGGUUACUUCUAAAAAGAUCCCUACGUAAUGAUCAGCAAGAAAAAGAAGAUGAGGUCAAUGAUAUGAUGAAGGAAGAAGAAGAAGAUGAUGAAAUAAUUGAAGUGAUUCCAAAACUGAAGAAGGCCAAAGCAUAA